AUGGCCUUCGUGACCUUCUGCGGGCUGAGGACGGGGGACCUGCGGCUGAUCGCUAGGACUGUGCUGCCGAAAAUUUUCUUGGAGAACCUCCAUCUGCAUGCAUGCGAGGUGCUGAAAGGGAGGCGAGCUGUUGUGCUCACCACCUUGCUGAGGCUCAUGGUGGAGGGAUUCUUGAAGAAGUACUUAGAGGUGGGGGAGGUGGUGGGGGCGGAGCUGCAGGUGGUGAAGGGCUGCUACUUCACGGGGGUCAUCUUUUGGCCUGACAAACAGAGAGCUCUCAGGGACAUGGUCAAGGCCGGUGUGGCCAUUGUGAACCUCUCCAACGUCCACCACCACCAACUCUCGGCCAAGAAAAUUUAUGUCGUGAGAGAGGAGGAAUCAAGGAGUGAGAGCAGCAAAAUGCCGAGAAACAAGUACCCGAAGCCACUUGUGUUCCAUGAUGGAAGACUGGCUUUUCUCCCGACGCCAUGCGAGAUGAUGGCGUUCUUCAUGUGGAUACCCGUGGCAAUCCCUUUGGCCGUGUUCAGGAUCGCGAUGGGGAUCGUUUUCCCUUAUAAAAUAUCCAUCUUCAUCGCCGCCAUCACCGGAAUCCGAUUCCGGAGGGCCGGAGAUGGGAAAGCGAACGGGGAGAAGAAGGGGGUGGUGUACGUGUGCACGCACCGGACGCUGUUGGACCCGGUGAUGCUGUGCUCGGCGCUGGAGAGGACGGUGCCGGCCGUGACGUACAGCCUGAGCCGGGUGUCGGAGGCGUUGGCGCCGAUGCGGACUGUGCGGCUGACCCGGGACAGGGGACGAGACGCGGCGACGAUGCGGCGGCUGCUGGCGGUGGAGGGGGGCCUGGCGGUGUGCCCGGAGGGGACGACGUGCCGGGAGCCGUACCUGCUGCGGUUCAGCCCGCUGUUCGCGGAGGUGGCGGAGGAGGUGGUGCCGGUGGCUCUGGACGCGCGGUUUGGUUCCAGCAGUGAUCCCAGCCGUGAGGUGAAGUUUUAUGCUGUGGAUUAA